AUGGCAUCCGAAAACUCCUCUCUCUACGGUAAACGCCGAGCCAAAAACACAAAACACGAAGAAAUCUCCAACUCCUCCAACCUGGCCUUCAGCACACAACUUUCCUCCCUCAUAGCCCAAGAUUCCGGCCCACUUCGCGGUCGAGCACGCCCAUCUAAGGGCCCCAAGUCCGACCUCUUUUCCAAAGCAAACAAAGGCACUGAGAAGCGUGCUGCCGCAGAUCUUCGCGAUGGUAGACACACACAACCUUAUCAAAGUAGUAAGGAUAUCGGGUCAAUUGAUGAUGCAACGAUUAGCCGAUCCAAACGCAAGAUGGAGCAGAAAGUGCGCCAGUAUAAUGAUAUGAAGAAGGGAUUGUAUCUUACUGGGGAUAGCAGUGAUGAUGAAGAAAAGCCACAUUCUGAUAAGUAUCUUUCUCGCUUGCGGCGGAAGGAAAAGGAGGGACUAGUCGAUUUUGAUCGCAAAUGGGCUGAUGAGGAACGGAAGCGUGGAUCGCUGACAGAGAGCGAGUCUGAAUCUGAAGCUGAUGAUAAUGCUUCUAUUGUUUCCUACGAGGAUGAGUUUGGGCGAUCUCGUCGUGGAACGAGGAAAGAGGCUGCUCUUUCUGCGCAAACAAAAGAGGAAGAGGCUUCUGGCCAUUUACCGGACGAACGGUGGAAGCCAGCGCGCCCGGAGAACUUGAUUUACGGUGCUACUGUUCAGUCAGAGGCGUUUAAUCCAGAGGAAAAUACAGCGGCGAAGAUGGCUGGUCUUGCAGCGCGAAGAGACCGGUCAGCUACGCCCCCGGAGGAAGUUCAUUAUAAUGCUGAGGGGGAGGUGCGGAAUCGUGGAACCGGAUUUUACUCCUUCUCGACGGAUGAGGUGGAGCGGAGGAAGCAGAUGGAGGGAUUGACUCGGGCGCGUCAGGAGACUGAAGUUCAGAGGCAAGUUCGAGCAAAGAGGAGGGUAGAAUGGGAGGAAACGACUAAUCAGCGGCGAAGAGAGCUUGCGCAGUUGCGAGAGAAGAGGAUGACCCAACGACUUCUGAAUGGCCUUCCGAAUGAUUUAUUGGCAUUUGGGCAGCCCAAGCAAGAGAAAUGA